UAGACACCAGCCCCGCCUCCUGCCGUGUCUGAUUGGCCUAUCUGAACCAGGCUGCACCGCUUUGACUCUCAUUGGCCAACUGUUCUUCGACUGCAUAUCCAUUAUACUCAAGGCUGUGGGGAAGUCACAGCUGCUUUCAUGUAACAUCUCAACACCUCCAAAGUAAGAGAAAGAAGAACCUGGUUUCACUGGACUGUUUCCCCUGAAAGCCUAUUAAUUUGGCACUUUUCCUUUUCAAUAUAUAGACAUACUGUGCUUCAUCUGCAAGCUACCAAAAUGUCUAGGGUAGCAAGAUUCCGAAGUCAAGUCAGUGAGGAUCCAGAUAUUGACAACUUAUUGUCUACGCUCUCUGCUGAGGAGAUGGAAGAGCUAGAAAAAGAGCUGGAUGCCUCUGAUACAGAUGCAAACAUUCCUGUGGGGUUGCGGCAGAGAGACCAAACUGACAAGCAACCAAGUGGCAAAUACAAUCGAGAGGCAAUGCUCAAUUAUUGUGAGAAGGAGAGCAAGAAAAUUCUUCAGAGGGAACAAUCAAUGGAUGUAAGUUGUUGCUCUUACUGAGUGUUGGGAAAGGGAGUAUUUGUGCAAUUGGGGGGGGGAGGCAGGAACAGGACUUAUGUGUUAUGAAAACCACUUAAGGGUCACUAGCAAAUCAAUGAGUCAAUAGCUGAGGACUGUCCCUCCUAGAGAAUAGUAAUGAGCAUGGUAAGAUGCAGCAGAAUUAAUACAACCGUCUUUUAAGUGUUAGCUCUUCCAAAAGGGGAUAAUCAAGAAGCCCAGCAGGGAACAUCAAGGUGUCAGUGUUUUACUGCUAACUGCUACCUCUAUUAUUAAUAUUAUUUCAUUGUAUUAGUUUGUGCUUCACACAUAAAGAGUCUCCAAGUGGCUUCAGAAUUUUUAAAGCAUAACAUAAACUCAGCGAGGAAAGAGCAAUGCAUCACAAUAAAAGGCAUACAAUAAGCUAUAAAACAAAUCCAAUAGAACAGCAGCAAAACAUUCAGCAACAUACACAUGCUGUCAAUAGAUAGCAAUAAUCCAUCAAAUACCUGGGAGAAGGGGUGAGUUUUAACUUGGUGCCAAAAGGAUGCUUAUGAUUGUGUCAGGGGAAUCUUGUUGCCUUCCACUCUCACAAAUAUGUCCCCAAGAGUUAUGAAAUAUACCGUAUUUUUUGCUCUAUAACACGCACCCAACCAUAACACGCACAUAGUUUUUAGAGGAGGAAAACAAGAAAAAAAUAUUCUAAACGAAACAGUGGAUUUUUUAUUUUUGUGGUUCAUGCUGUGGCCACAGACAUGUGAUCUGACAGUGAGUUUAGAGUAGCCCAAUGCAAAAAUCCUGAGGAUCCAUGUGGAUCCAUGCUUUGUAACCACGUUUUUGCACCACUGCGGCCCCAGGCAACAGUGGGUGCGUGAUUUUUUUGGUGCAAGAUGUAGCCAUGGACAUGCUAUGUGAUCUGAUGGUGAAUUUGGGGUGACCCAGUGCAAAAAUCCUGAGGAUCCAUGUGGAUCCGUGCUUUGUAACCACGUUUUAAGUGGGGAGGGAAGGAAAAGCACUCAAGGGACAAGGAGCAUGCGUGGGGUGGGUGGAGAAGGACGCUGCUAAUAAUGAAGAAGAGGGGUAUAAGGAAAGAAGGCUCCUCUCCUCUCCCGCUUUGCUCCUUUAAAGAAGCAGGCUCUCUGUCCCUCUCUCCUCCCCACUCAGCAGCUCUUCUUCCGCUUUGCUGUUUCAAAGCGAGCCACGGAGGAGGGAAGGGGAACCAUGGAUCCUCUGCUCACGACUGCAGCAGAUCCCCCCCGCCACCCGUAGGCAUUCACUCCAUAACACGCACAGACAUUUCCCCUUACUUUCUAGGAGGAAAAAAGUGAGCGUUAUGGUGCAAAAAAUACGGUAAGUCACUGUCACAAUACAGUAUCUUUGUUUCUGCCAUUUGGACUCUGCUGCUCUGUGUCCUCCAGCCCAGCAGGGGGCAGGAACAUAUAAGGGUCAGGAGGCCAUUCUGUCUCAGUCCUGACUGGGGUUCCAGGUCUGUUUGCUUCCUGCCACCUUCCUUACUAAAGGCUGUGAUACUGACCUUGGGAAUCUAGCCUCAAUGGUUGUACCAGCUGUGCCUGAGAGCAGAAACUGAGGCAAUGGCACACGGGUACUUUCUGGUACUGUGAUGGGGUGGAGCAUGUUGUGGUGAGGAUGACACAAGCACCAAGUUGGCGGGGGUGGGGGUGGCAGGUUCUCAUGCAUCUGUGCCCACCACUGCCAGCACUGCUACCCCUCCAUCCCUACCACUGCUGUGCCUCUUCCUGGUCCUGGCAAAUGACAGCAUCAACACAGCUGGGUGGGGGCAGUGCAGUUGCAGCGACACUCAAUUUCAUGCACGCUAAAAUGGUAAAUAAAUGGGAUAAAACAGCAAAAUGAGAAGGGAAAGCAAGGCCAUGGAGAUUGACAGCAAGAGGAAGAAAUCUGAGAACAGACAGGAAGCCAGGGCAGGAAUAAAAACUGGUGUAAAAUAAAUGAUCUACCUUCAUUACUGUUGAUGUAUUUUAUAAAAUUAGAUAAUAUUGAGUGCAUAGCAGUAGCCUUUGCAAGCUGCCCAAUUCUAUAUUCUGAUAGGAUGCCUCCUGCUGCUGCUGCUGCUUUGAUGCUGGAAUUUGACUUGGGGCAGCAUAGGCCAGUGAGCAAGAAAAGCUGGAGAAAGGAGAUGUGUUUAUUAUCGGUGGUGAUUUGCUUCACAAAAUCAGAGUCAUAGUAAUGUUGACCACACAACUGAAAAGUUGCAAUAUUUUGACUUGGAGGGGUUGCUACCAGUCUGUGCAGGGGUUGUCCAUGUUUUUUUUAAAAUAAUUGCAAAGCAGGCAGAAAUUCAACAGGUUAAGUAAUUCCCAUAAUUGAACCUCCAUGCUUAGAGAAGCAGGACCUGUUCUAUUUCUGUCUGCCAUGGAGCUGGAAAAAAGUGGCUUGAUCUCUCCCCACUGCACACACACUGAUCACUUUUGCAGAACUAAGUGUUCACUACACAAGCGUGUGGUUGUGGGGACUCAAAAGAAUUCAGUUACUUGCUAGGGAAGGGGGUGGGAAUUGUAAGAGCUUUCAGGGGCAUAGGCUUAUCUUUAACAUUAACAUCAGCAGUCCUGCAAAAUUCUGUUUGUAAUUUGGGACACAAUACCGCGUUGAAACAUGCUUUUUUCUGUUUAAAAGCAACAACAGAAAAAACUUAUGAAAUGUAACAGACAGCUUAGAGGGGUUUAAUAAAAAAACCAUUUUCAGUCACUUGGUCUCUGUUGAAUUUGUUUUAAUCCUCCCCGCAGAUCUUCAGUGCCCAUGAUGGAUAGGUAUUAUAGCUUGAAAUAAUCAGCACUGACUGGCAGUGACUGUACAGGCAGGAGUCUUUCCUAGCCGUACCUGGAGAACCCAGGCAUUGGUUGCCAUCUAUCUGUCUCGGGAGACAAUAGAGGAGUGUGCCUUUGGAGGUGAAGUCAAACUGUUUGAAGGUUGCAGCGCCUGCUGUGGCUGUAGAGACUGAUGGGGGAAAGGCAUGCUUUGUUGCAGCUGGGGCAGAAGAAGGCAUUCUGUUGUGCUGCUGCAGAUGCACCAUGGCGUUUCUUCUCUCUGCGCUCCAUCCAGCAGUCAUUCCUCCUAGGCUGGGCUUUUGCAUGCAAAGAAUGGAUGUCCUCUUCCACUGAACUUGGACCCUGUGUUCGUGCAUACGAAUAAAGUUGGGAAUAGUUAAUUGAUUUUGAGUGUUGAAAUAUAUAAAAUGUGUUUUUCUUUGCAUUGGCUGUUCUGUUUGGAAACGAAAACAUGUGAUGUGUAUGAAACUAGCACCAAGAAAAAUGUGGCUUUUAAAGUGCAGGUUCUGUAUUUGUUUGCAUUUAGACUGCUAGGCUAUUUGGUCCAGCCUAGGGGCUUGGAGCAUGUAACUGGGAAUGCAUGCCUGUUUUUAUGCUCCAGGAUGAGCUGAACGAAGGCCAGAACAACAACAACACAAGUGUGGUAUUUCAAUGAACAGUCAUUCUUGACAGUUCAUUUUUCAGUCUCGCCCUAGAUCAACAGGAAGUAUUCUGAACUGCAAAGCUGAUGAAAACCAAUGAGACAAACGGAAAACAUAGCAGCUUGUGGAUGGGACCUUGCAUGGCUUGUGACCCACCAGACUCAAUCUAGCCCACCAGCCAUCCUUGUCAGCCAGGUGCUUGAUAAAACCCCUGUGUGUUUUCAGUCCCAGGAAGCAGCAACAAGUUCAUUGAGCCCCUGGGACUGUGGGCUGAUUGGCUGUCUUUUGGUGAGUCACAGGCUCUUUCAUGAAUGCAUAGUUCAUGCCUCCUUUGCAGCUCUAGUCCUGCAAAUAAUUAUGCAGUGUUUCUCUUUAUUUCUUUGGUUUCCCACUAGAUAAAGUUUAGCACACUGUGUAUGCAGCACGAUUCUUUGUAAGCAUCCAGUUUAAGGGAAUCUGCAUAAACAAUGAGUUUAACUAGAGCAUGCAGGAUGAUUUUAAAAAAAACCUCCAUAAUAGGAAGUAGACAGUUGAAGACACUGUUAACCCUUAUUAUUAUUAUUAUUAUUUAUGGCUCAGGGUUGACUUCUUGUAAAGAAGCUGGUAAAAUGCGGUCUUGACUAUGCUACCACUCAGUGGAUUUGUAACUGGCUGACUGACCGAACCCAAAGGGUGCUCAUCAAUGGUUCCUCUUCAUCCUGGAGAAGAGUGACUAGUGGGGUGCCACAGGGUUCUGUCUUGGGCCCGGUCUUAUUCAACAUCUUUAUCAACGACUUGGAUGAUGGACUCAAGGGCAUCCUGAUCAAAUUUGCAGAUAACACCAAACUGGAAGGGGUGGCUAACACCCCAGAGGACAGGAUCACACUUCAAAAUGACCUUGACAGAUUAGAGAACUGGGCCAAAACAAACAAGAUGAAUUUUAACACUUGGGCAAAAAAAAUGAGAGGCACAAAUACAAGAUGGGUGACACCUGGCUUGAGAGCAGUACAUGUGAAAAGGAUCUAGGAGUCUUGGUUGACCACAAACUUGACAUGAGACAACAGUGUGACGCGGCAGCUAAAAAAGCCAAUGCAAUUCUGGGUUGCAUCAAUAGGAGUAUAGCAUCUAGAUCAAGGGAAGUAAUAGUGCCACUGUAUUCUGCUCUGGUCAGACCUCACCUGGAGUACUGUGUCCAGUUCUGGGCACCACAGUUCAAGAAGGACACUGACAAACUGGAACGUGUCCAGAGGAGGGCAACCAAAAUGGUCAAAGGCCUGGAAAUGAUGCCUUAUGAGGAACGGCUAAGGGAGCUGGGCAUGUUUAGCCUGGAGAAGAGGAGGUUAAGGGGUGAUAUGAUAGCCAUGUUCAAAUAUAUAAAAGGAUGUCACAUAGAGGAGGGAGAAAGGUUGUUUUCUGCUGCUCCAGAGAAGCAGACACGGAGCAAUGGAUCCAAACUACAAGAAAGAAGAUUCCACCUAAACAUUAGGAAGAACUUCCUGACAGUAAGAGCUGUUUGACAGUGGAAUUUGCUGCCAAGGAGUGUGGUGGAGUCUCCAUCUUUGGAGGUCUUUAAGCAGAAGCUUGACAACCAUAUGUCAGGAGUGCUCUGAUGGUGUUUCCUGCUUGGCAGGGGGUUGGACUCGAUGGCCCUUGUGGUCUCUUCCAACUCUAUGAUUCUAUGAUUCUAUGACUUGAAUGCUAUGGAGAAAAUACAUCUCUCCUAGAGAGUGUUUCUUUAGCAGAGGAGCUUCAUGAACACUGUACUGCCAAGUUGUGUGCUGUGAAGAGUGCACAAGCAGUUCAAUCCUAUUUAAAGCUUCCAUCAUUGUAGCCAAACAUUUCCUUCCACCCAGUUGCUAAAGCAGCUGUGCCAUCCUUUGCCAGGCAAACAGGGCAGGUGGACAGCUCUGUCCCAUUUGCCUCUCCUUAAAACUACACAUGACAUUAGGAGAUCUGUGAUGGUAAGAAACUAAGAGGAGCCUGUUGGAGGAGGCAAAUAACCCAUUUAGUCCAGCAUCACGAUUCCCACAGUGGCCACCCAGACACCUGUGGGAAACCCAUGAGCAGAACCAUGCACAAGAGCAGUCUCCCCCACUCCUCCAUGGGUUCCAGUAUCUGGUAUUCAGAAGCAUUACUGCCUCUGACCAUGAAGGCAGAGCACAGUAAUCAUUGAUAGCCUUAACCUCCACAACUUGUCCAAUCUACUUUUAAAGUCAUCCAAGUUGGUCGCCAUCAGUGCCUCCUGUGGGGGGUGGGUUCCACAGUUUAUGCAUUGAGUAAUGAAGUACUUUCUUUUAUCUGCCCUGAAUUCUCCAGCGUUCAGCUCCAUGGAAUGAUCAAUCUCAUGUUUCUUUGUUUGUAGUGAAAUUCAUCAUUCAGAUUGGGUGUGUGUGUGUGGAAAUUUGAUCACAGCCACAGCACUCAUGAUGUCCUGAAAGAACUGUGGAAGGGACUCCCUCGGAAGUUGGUGGACCUUGGAGGAUUUUAAGCAGAGAUCGGAUAGCCAUGCAUCAUGGAUGAUUUAGUUGAGAUCCCUGCGUUGCAGCGGAUUGGAGUAGAAGAUCCUCAGGGUCCUUUCCAACUCUACAACUCUAUAAUUUUCCUACAGGCCAUUUGUGUGAUCACAAUCGCACACAUACACCCAGCUGCUUUCCCAUUGGUCAGUGUCUGUGUGUGUGUGCGCGCGCGUGUGCAUACACACACACACACACUUGUGCGCAGGGAACUUCCUUACUAGCAUCAACUUAUGUUGGUGCCAAGAUUGUGAGGCUGCUAUCAGCCCUCAUGAUUGGGUUCAAAAUGUUUCUUAUUCUACCUGCCCACGACCUGGUCAAAAAUCAAACACACAUAGGACAGAAGAAGAGCCUUUUUAGAUCAGAUCAAAUGUCCAUCUGAUCCAACAUCCUGUUUCUCACAGUGACUAGUCCAGGGAUGCAGAACCUGUGGCCCUCCAGAUGUUGCUGAACUAACUUCCAUCAUCCCUGACCAUUGGCCAUGCUGGCUGAGCCUGAUGGAAGUUCAACAACAUCUGGAGGGCCACAGGUUUUCCAUACUUGGUCAGGUUAGAUGCUUCUAGGAACAUAAAUGCAAUAGCCUUCCCCUCGUGUUUUCCUAUCUGAAUACUGAGGUUCCAUUUAGCUAUUGUUGCUAAUAGCUAUUGACAAGACUACCAUGAAUUUGCCUCCAUGCCUUUUUAAAGCUCCUGAACCACAGAGACGUCUCCCUAGGAUCAAUGCUGUAGUGUCAAUGGUUGGUGCUGCCCCAGUGUUGCUUUUGCACAUGUGCACCAUGAUGCCAACAUGGGAAGUCAUAAGCUUUGAUUGUCUGUUGCUUUGAAGCAAGAACAUAGGAUUGGCUUCAACAUUGUUCUGGACUUAAGAGCCAGCUAUAGAGAAUCAGUUAAUGUAAAGCAAGCAGAGUCCAAGGAAUAAAUACUUACAAUAUAGUGAAAGUAACAAGGGAGUUAGAAGAGCCAGUGGAAAGGCAUUAAAAAAGUGCCAAUUGUAGCUACUCUUUGUUUAGUGAAUUUUUGUUACUUCAGCUGAUCAACCCCCCUGCCUGUUUAUUGCUCCAUGGUUUGUCUUUGAUGAAGUCAGUUUCAUGUGUAGUCCUACAAAAAGUACUUAUUAUUUCAUUGAGGUUUUGUUCAUAGUAAUUAUACUGAUUAAAAUAAGCUGCUCAAGGGGUUAGCUAAUGCAGUAUAAGAAGGGCUCCUUUCAAAACUUCAACUGUUCAGCAAGUUAUUUAAGGUAUGACAGCUAAAUUUUGCUGAAGCUGAGCCAGAUAAAUGGAAAAUGGAAAAUGGAAAGCAAUGGCUUUUGAAGUAAGAGAGAAAUCUGGGGUUGCAUCCAGUGUCAAUCCUACUCAAAGCAGACCCAUUACACAACUAACUUUGUUCCAUUAAAUUCACUGGAUCUACUCUGAGUAGGACAAUCUGUACACAUUUUUUAAAAAAAAUAUGGCUCAAGGGCGCACCUACCUCUGGUGUUUGGAGUCAUCAGGUGCAUACAGUGUAAGCUGUCAUCCAUAUGUAUCCUGUAGUCUCUUGAGAAAUACUGCUGGUUGGUGCCCUUUCUCUCAAACUUCCAUCCAAUUUGAAAAUGUAAGCCACAUUUAUUUCUCAGUUCAGCUGAGCUGUGCACAUUUGAGGUAGCCAUUGUGUAUGCACAGAUGACAGCUCUCGUGCAGAUGACAGCUUUGUGAAUAGGAGUUCGGGGUUUUGUGUGCAGGGAAACCAAACGGAUAAUGUGCAUUGGGUGAAAGUGUCCUAACCCCCUCUCCAGUGUGUACAGCAAUGGGCAAAUGCAACUAGAAACACAGUGAAAGGAAACAAUCUCAUUGCAUUUUAGGCCACUAAUGUAUACAUAGCCUUAGUUGGAUACAGCCCCUACUAAGGUCCCCAUGUGGACAGCACAUAUGUGCCUUCAUGGUACCUUCAAUAAUAUAACCCUAUCUACACAAUAAAUGUGUACUGAAUCAUCACAUAGAGGAUGGGGACAGGAUCACACCUGAUGCCCCCCACCCCAAUAUCCUCAUAUAGAUUAUCAAUGCUAGAGGUCAGUGAAGCAUUAUUUGUUAUUUUUAAAAAUGUUCCCUCCUUCCCCCCCAAAAAAGGUUUGUUCCUAAGAAAUGAUAUGGUGUGCCUUUGGAUCAUAUGGUUUUGUUCCUUUUUUCUUUGGAGUCCAAGGGUAAGGUUAAAUGCCACCAAAUAAACUGGUCAUUUGGAUUUGUGUUAUUGCUCUUAAAAGCCUGGGAACCUCACCUUAAGGUAUCCUUUGCCAGAGGACAUCUGCAGCCUAGUAAGAAAUGAAUGCAUGUUAUGUUUAAAAAAAACAACAAAAACCCUAACCCUACAAUAUGGCACAAUCGGAUUUCCAAGUUUUUGCUUUCUAAAAUCCAUUUAAUAGCAGUAUCUGAAAGAAAGCACAUUUCCAAAUAGCAUACCCAGGUUCACUGGAUUUACUUCCAUUGUAGUGCAAAGUUCUGCAAAGAGUAGAUUUCAUGGAAUAGUUAUUUCAUGGACCAAGCUAAAGAAAGGCCCCAGAUACACAUUUUUAAAAUAUUGAACGGCAUCUUCAAAGAGUUACCAACUUGCUUAAUUUGAUGUAUGUACUACAGAGCUAAACAGUAGAAGACAAAGAACUUAUGCUGGUGGUCAAGCUGCCUGGUAAAUCUGCCCCUUUAUAUCAUGUUGCAGUAAUAAGAUCUUGCCUAGCUGACUCUCUUCUCUUUCCAUCCCCGGAGAGAAAGAAAAAAUACCCUGUCCAAUCCCUUCCUCCUCCUUGGGCUUGUUAGUAAUAGGGGGAUUAACACUCCUGAAACCCCAGAUCCCAGCAGCAGCGGGGCUGAAACCAGGGCCAAAUUUCUUAUGACAUGAAGAUCUCUCACAGGCUGAGAAGAUCAUCAUCCGAAUGCAGUCUUCCUUGUGCUCCUCUGGUUCUUCCAUAAGUAGAGGAGUGACUUUAGCGUUCUCUUGUUUCAACCGAACCCUUUUGAAUGGUUGGAACUUUUUAAGUUCUGUUAGUUUGGAAUUUUCUCAAGGCUGAAACUAAUUCUGGGUCACUUCAAUCUAGUCACAGCUGAGAUUCUAGUGUCACUAUUUGGCAUGUUGCUAUCAUCUCCCCCCACCCUUCACUCCACCCCAGGUAUGCAGAACCUCCCAUCUCCCCUGGGUUAUACAAGAAUAACAUGUGAAUCAGCCUUUGUUAAUGGUGUGACUUCUGUCAUGAUCAUCUGAGACACUGGACUGUAUUUUGAGCAGGGAUGGGCAACCUGUGGCCCUCCAGCUGUUUGUUUGCUUGUUUAUAUAUUUAUUGUAUUCAUAUCUUGCCUUUCUCCCAAAUUGGAGUUCAAGGUGGUUCACAGCAUUUUAAAACACCAUUAUAAAAUACAUAGUACUACAGUAUAAACAAACUAGUUAAAAACAAUACAGUGGUACCUUGGUUCUCAAACUUAAUCCAUUCCGGGAGUCCGUUCGACUCCUGAAACCGUUUGAAAACCAAGGCACAGCUUCCGAUUGGCUCCAGGAGCUUCCUGCACUCAAUUGGAAGCCCUGUCGGACAGUUGGCUUCUGAAAAACAUUCACAAACCAGAACACUUACUUCCGGGUUUGCGGUGUUUGGGAGCUGAUUUGUUCAGGAACUAAGCCAUUCGAGUGCCAAGAUACCACUGUAGUUGAAAUAUAUUGAAACACAUGUAACAUUAUAGUUGUUCUAUAGUUUGUAAUAACAUGAAGAUCUCUCACACAUUGAGAUCAUCAUCCCAUUUCUCUUGACUGGAGACCCACAGAUUCCCCAUCAGUUUUUCUUACCUCAUGGAAGUGCAAUAUGUCAAACCAUAGAGCUUUUAGUCCUGUGUCAGUGGUUUGUUCUCCACAACUGAUUAAGUGAAUUAAUACAACAAUGAAACAGAUGUAGAAGACCAGAGUGAAGGCUUGGUUGAAGGCCUGCUUAGCAGGUGACAGUGCUCAGACUGAGACUCAAAGCAUCCUUAGAGCUGAGGGAUGGUCCAUAGAGCUGCCCAGUUCACGGCUACUUCCUUUUCUCUUAGCCCAUGCAAAUCACCGCCUGUGGCAAUGCAUUUGCCUGAAGCAAAUAUUUCCUCAUUGAUUUGCCAGGAGCGACCCUCCAGUUAUGCUGCAAUAAUCUCUGUCUAAAUGCUCUGCUUAUAAGUUCCCCAAAGGCAUCUUACUAGUGCUGUUGGUGACAGAGUGUGAGAUUAAGUGGAGGUUUGAUCUGAUCCAUCAAGGCAGUUCUUUCAUAUUCAGUUUUGCAUGCCAACAAUUGACAGGCCUUUGGGUGGUAUUUAUAAUGUGCUUAUUACAUUUUUAUCACACCCUGCAAGGCAGUGCACCUACAAGGAGCCUAGGGCAGCAUAUACUGUUCCUUCUUGUCCCUGCUUGUAUGCUCACAACAAAUAUGGAAGGUAGGUUAAGCCGAGAUAUAAUGAUGAACCAACAGCAAGUUUCGUGGCUGGAAAGGGAUUUGAGCUGACAGCUCCCCCAACCUAGUCCAACAUGCUAAGCACCAUACCACACGGGAGAAGCAGCACCUUCUGCUUGUGGCAGAUGAGUUCAUUGCAAGCAGAGAUGCCCUAGGUGGAGAAUAAAGCCACUGCCGCAACUCAGGAUAGCCACAUGCUUUGCCUCUACCUUCAAGUCACCGAAGUCUGUGUGAUAAAUGCACACAGGAGCUUCUUAAAGUCCUUAGUUAGCAAAUCAAAAUCAAACCAGACAUGCCGGAAGCAAUACCUCACAAAAAGGUACCAUGUUGAGUGGUGCUUUAUAUACACUAUUCUUCUGGGUGGACCAUGCAACUUGCAUGUACUCCACAAUCCCAUCAUUUGCUUGAACUGCCCCAUCACAGCAUCCUUGCUCCCUUUCCCAACUCUGUGCACGCAUGCACAAGGGCCAUAGUUUAGUGGUGGAACAACUGCUUUCCAUACAGAAGAUCCCAGGUCCCAUCGCUGGCAUCUCCAUGUACUGCUGAGAGACACUCCUCGUCUGAAACCUGAAGAGACACUGCCAGUCGGUGUUGUCAGUCCAGAGCUGAUGGACCAAUGAUCUAACAUAGUAGAAACCAGCUUUCUGUGUUCCUCUGUUUGCCUCAUGUUUCCACCUCCACACUGGAUGUCAGUCUGCAGCCUUUUUUUCUGUGUAGGUAUAUGAGUUGAAGGGACCCCAUAUAUUAUUGUGAUGUUUUCAGAUGGUGUUUGGUUAACAAGGCAAAAUAUUGAAGGGCUGAGAGAUACUUCACAGUAAGCUGACUAAUCUGGAGUUUACGACUUUGCUGCUAUCUAAAAUAUGCACCUUUGAUCAGACCAGACACCCACAAACCUGCCAGCUGUGCUGGAGAUUGCUAACCCAAUGUCCAUUCCUCCCAAACAGCUUUACCUACUAUGCUCCUUUGAGCUGGUGGAGGAACGGGGGUGGUCUUGCAUCUGCUUAACCUUGUAUGGGAAAUACCAAUCAUUUUCCUGGAAUGAGAGAAAAAGACAGAAGCCAGGUCCAUGAGGUUCAUUUGGAAUUUAUCAGGGAUGGGAAAGUAGCAGGCAUGUAUGAUCUUGGUUCUCUACUGAAUCUCAGAAGAGCAAGUUAUAUUUGGAACUACUUUGACUACAUAAUAACAGGUCUUCUUUUUCUCUGAUGGUUAGGACAACCAUAGGUAACCAAGAAGCUGUUUAUAAACAACCUAAAAUAGAAAUGAGCAUCUCUAUGACUUCUUCAUACUCAAAGAGCCAAAUGCACACAGCUCAGGAGGCGUCAAUUAACCUUAUUGGUAGUGAAAGGAUUGCUAUUAUAAUUGUGUUUAUUCAUCACUAACUACAUAAAAUGUUUCAAAGCCUUUCCGCUGUGGAUAAACACCGGCUCUCUCUGCCUGAAGCGAGAUGAGCACCGCACUCCACAGUUGACUAUGACUGGACUUAAUCAUCCAGGGGUCAUUUACCUUUACCUUUACCUUUUACCUUACCUAGUUAUCAAUGAAGUUUAACUUAGAACAGACCCAUUAAAAUUAAAGCACAUUAAGUCUGUUACUUCUAGUGGAUCUACUACUUCAUUUCAUAACAUCUGCAGAAUACAAAACUUAAAACAUCAAAAAGAUAAAACUCACCCAGCAAUGUUACAAAAAGACAAAUCUACCCCAACCUACUAAAGGAGGAACAUGAUAAAAUUAUUUAGUAAAAGAGCUUAUCCUGCAAUAAAGGGUGAAUUGUGCCAUACCCUAUUAAAAGUCUGGUCCAGACUAGAGUAACAUAUCAUAUGAUCCCAGUUAAGAACUGAAUGCUACAGUAAACAAGAAUGUAUUUGCCUGGUGUCUAAAAGCUGAUGAUGAUGGUGCUAGGGACAUCUCUCUAGAGAUGUCCCUCUCACUCCCCAAUUUUAGCAAAGCGUCUCUCUAGGAAAGGACCAUAACAGCUCUCAGAUCUGCAAAGAAAAUCAGGCCCAAGAGGUGAACAGGUUGUGUAGCAUCUACACCAGAGCUUUCCAAACUGUGUGUCACGACAUGUUAGUGUGUUGGCUGCAGUGUGUAGGUGUGUCGCACAAACGCUCCCCGUGCUCCUCCCAGGGCUGGAAAGGGAUUAGUUUAAUCUCCGGUUUGCUAGUAAAACUGAAUUACUGUGUCGCAAAAUUAUGCAUGUGCAUCACCGACAUGAAAAGUUCGGAAAGCACUGUUCUAAUUAUUUCCUCUCAUAGCAAACUCAGGCGGUGAGUUCCUAUUCAGGCAUAUAGCCCAAACUGGAGAAACAAAAGGAAGAUAUUUGAUUAGAAGCAGGACCUAAACAGCCUUUCUCUGUGGAACCAGUGAACAUAAGAAUUUACGAAAGUACUUAAGUAAUUCUCUAAUACUUGUUACAAUCCAGGAAAAGAAGCCAAGAGAGGUACCCGAAAGCAUAUUCUGUUGUGUGUGACCAGGGUCAGAAUGAGGAACAGAGUUAACCUCUGUGACAUCUCCGGCUGAUGCUGGUGUGGCAGCCAAUGUCAAUUCACCAUUCCCAGAAUCACACUAUGUCCAGCCAGAAAGUCCAAAGACAUGAGUCAGCUGGAGCCUGUGAAUUGCUUUGUGGGGGGGGGGGGAUAGAAGGACCAUAAAAGGAAACUUCUCAACAAAAAAGGACAAUUGAGGUUAGUGGUAGCGUAUAGGAAUCUGGAAGGGGUUUAUCAGUUACUUGUCCAAUAGGUUGUUGAUUAUAGAGCCUACAAACGUGGUCAUGCAGUAGGAGAAGAAAGUGUAAGUAAUGCUUGCCGAGGCCAAAAAUCUUGAUUUCUCAUAUAUACUCAUGGUGGUGACUGACUGGGAAUGAGACCUAGGGGUCAUAGUGGCCACCCCAAUAAAGAUGCCAACCUGGUAAAGCUUCAGAAGUCAUGCUUCUGAAUCAAUGGCUACCAGCCGCAGUGGCAUUGUUCUGCCUUCACUGCUGGAGGCAGUAUGCUUGGAGGAUAUCAGUUGAUGGAAACCACAAGAGGAGAAAUUGUCCCUGUGCUUGGCUCCUGCCUGAGGGUUUCCCUAUGAGAGCAGGAUGCUGGACUGGAGGGGCCAUUGGCCCGGCCCAGCAGGGUCUUCUUAUGUUCCUAGUGACAGGUGUCUGCCCCAGGUUUAGUUGCUCUGUUAGCUCUUUCACAAUAUCCAUUGUCUGCAAAGUCGUUCAGGCAGAGAAUGAGCAAGUUACAGUAUUUGAAUAGGGGUAAACAGCUGGAUUCAGAGAGAGCACAAAAACCAGCAAGCGAAUUUUGCACCUGACAAAAUGAUGAAGACAUCAAGUUGAUCAUCCUCAAAUUUGUUUUGGGGCAACAAUGUUAUUUAGCCAUAUUAUUUUUUUCACACCGUCUGAACGGUUCACAUUGAAAGGUAAUUGAAUAUCAGUUGACAUUUGAGGGACUGUUGACACUUUCAAGUUGAGAGAUGCAGUUGGCACUGCAUAAGCUGUUGCUAACUGCAUAAUCUUUCUGCAGCUUGGCACCACCAACUCAUCUAUGAUGGGAGUGCAUUAAUCUGAAUGUGGUAGUUUAGCUGGAUGCUGCACAAUUGAAAUGUUUCUUCAUGGAAAUAGGCUUUUGGAUGUUACGGAGCUAGUUCUGUGGUCAACAUUAUCCGCAGUCAUGUUUCUGAAUACAUCUCUUCUCAGACAAGAAGAAUAAGCUGCACUUUCUUGUUAGCAAUGUUCAUAAAUAGCAUUAGAGAGAUCCGUUGUGAUUGUGAGUAGUCAUAUAAAAUACAGUGGUACCUCAGGUUACAUACGCUUCAGGUUACAUACGCUUCAGAUUACAGAUUACGCUAACCCAGAAAUAGUGCUUCAGGUUAAGAACUUUGCUUCAGGAGGAGAACAGAAAUCGUGCUCCGGGGGUGUGGUGGCAGCAGGAGGCCCCAUUAGCUAAAGUGGUGCUUCAGGUUAAGAACAGUUUCAGGUUAAGUACGGACCUCCGGAACGAAUUAAGUACUUAACCUGAGGUACCACUGUACAUAGACCAAGAUGAGUUAUGGAAUUAGUUUUCAUGACUUAGAUACACUUUGCCUCCUUUGAGUUCUCCUGUAAUGAACAUCCUCAGAUACUGUGUCAUGCCCCUUUUCCCAAUGUGAAGUGGUGUUUCAUUUUCUGCUGUGCCAUGUGGUGUGUGACUGGCUUACUUCCUUGGAUUAUUUAGAUUGUUUUACUGAAUUAUUCCUCACAAAUCAUUUUCUUUAGAAAAAAAAUAUCCUGCAGCCAAUGAAGUUUUCCAUCUCUAUUCUGAGAAGAUGCCUGUUGAGUUUUGGUCUUACAUCUGUUAAAAGCAAAUAUUUUCCUUUGUAAAAGACUUAUUCUUAUUUGCUCGCCCUUUUUUGGGGGGGGGCGAACCUCACAUUUUUAAUAGCAACUGGAGACUACCACAAAAUAUUUAACAAAGGAAAUAGAAUAGAAUCUCAAACUGGGAGCAGUCCUAAGCAUAGUGCAUUAGUGUCAGAUUUAUACUGGACUGUCCACACAUCAUUCUGCUUUAUUAGUUGUUCUGUGAUGCUUUGCCAAUGUCACCAUAUUGUUGCAGUUGAGAGGGACACUCUUGCACCAUAAUGCAACAAAGAGGGACAACGAACUCACUCUGGAACAUUUGUGGUAUGAAAAGUUUCAGGGAUUCAGCAAGAAGCUAUGGUACACAUGCACUGACUGGAAACGAAGUAGUAUGUCUGCCCAAAAACUUGCAGAUGCAAACGGUAUUGAAAGCAGGAUCCCGUAUAACCACCUCCAUACCAUCAUGAGCACAAAUCCUUGUAAGUAAAAAGAUGUCCAGAGGGAACAACGAGGAGAGGCAGGACUGAGAUUUGGAAAUAUGCUUCAGAGGUCCAGACUAUGGGGAGCCCCCCAAAAAAUCAACAAUUAUAAUUUGGAUUAUAAUUUGGUCUUUUUUAUUUGAAGUGGAUUAUGAUUGGAUAUGUUAACUGGAUUUUUUAUUGGAAAAUUAAUAAAAAAGAUUUAAAAAAAAAGAUGUCCAGAGGGGCCUUUCUUCUUUGUUUAGGAUUGGUGCCUGCCUUGCGUCUGCAUUGCAGAGAUGGGUGGGAUAGAUAUUAUUAUUAUUAAAUGCAUAAUUAGAGGGUUAAUGUGGAAUACAGAGAUGCUUGUCGGGGUGUGUUUAUAUGUGACAGCAUACAUUUUUUCCUCGGGUGCUCUUAUAAAUCCUCUGAUUAUAGUCCUCUGAUAAAUGACUAGGCUGGAUCGGGUCAGUCAAGGUAUGUUCACAUUACCAUUUACUCCACAUCAGCGCAUUCCCGCUGCUAAUUUUCGCAGCAACCUCCACAUGACGAUCGAUAUCGAUCUUGUAGUUCCCUCUGCAAAGGUGUUUUAGCUUGGAGAAGUGGAAGAAUCAUAGAAUCAUAGAGUUGGAAGUGACCGUAAGGGCCAUCUAGUCCAACCCCCUGCGAUGCAGGAAUCCCACCCACAGCCAUCCCUGGGUGGACUCGAACCACCAGCAUUCUGCUUAAUAGCUUAAUGCACUGACCUAUGGUGCCACUGGGUAAUAAGUAGCAGGUGAUGUGGUAGAGGAUGCAUGCCUCUUGCUCAAAGGGUUCCACGCAACCCAACACAACUGUGGGCUGCAUCUGAGGAAACCAUUUUGAGCUCCUCAGUUUCAAAUGUUCGCCCUGUGCCUACUUCAGAUCCCAGUUGUAAGCCAAGCAACAAUGUGGAAAGCCCAAUUUAAGACAGGAAUGAAGACCAGGAAGGAGAUCAGAUUCAUGCUUUCCAGACAUAUGUUUAAUGUGCACACGCCCAUUCCAGAAAUAGUAAUGCUUUUGGGGGGGAGGAAAUCCCUGUGCAGGCACUUCUCAGAGUAAAGGAAUCACUGGCAAGAUUUGAUGCCUGCCAUAGUUACCCCUAGGAGUUAUUUCCUGUCCCAUGUGGGCCGAACUGGUGGCUCCUGGGAUUCUGGGUUUCCUGACCUUCAGAAUUUUGCCAAGGUCAUGUCUUUUCAGGCUACAGCUUAGGCUGUGUACACAUUACCGUUUACUCUGGCUCCCACGUGCUCCCACCACUGAUGUUUAAAGUCGAGUACCCAUGACCUUGGCCACAAUCCAUAUAGUUGUAGUUUCUAGAGGAAUGCUCCUAAUGGAGUGCAGCUUCAGUCUGAUUUGAAAAUGCAAGACAUGCUUAACUGUGUUCAGACACUUGUGCAGACGAUGGCUUCCUUGAAUAGGAGUGCAGAGGGUGUUGGGGCACAUGGAAACAAAUAGGGUAAUGUACAUCAAGUGAAGACCCUCCCUCUCUGGUGUGUACAGCAAGUGCAAAUGCAACUUGAAAUGCAGCCAGAGGAAACAUCCUCACUGCAUUUUAAGCCACUUAAUAUAUACACCCUUUAUUGGACUGUGUGUACACACACACACACACUUUUUUUCUUUUUCUUUUUAACUCUGCAUCCAUUAUGCUCCAGCUGCUAGUUUGGGAAGCAAUGUACACACAGCGUUAGCCACAAUCCUGCAUCUAUACUAUCCUGCAUCUAUCCUGUCACUCCUUACGAAAUACUGCAUUUUUAUAUGUUCUUCCUCAAACCAGCAUCAGUCCGAAUUGAGAGAAAGAACUACCUAGCUGUGUUUUAAGCUGGUCCUGCGUCCACAGCCUUGAUUUAAGGAUAAUUGCUUGAGGGUUAUUGAGGACUGUUUUAGCGUAGUACUGUCUUCCACUGGAUGUUUAAUGUAAAUAAUCUUUUCUUCUCUGUGACCAAUCUAGAUUUGCUGCUAGUGGUUGCAUACGUACUUACAUAGUCAUUAUUACUGACUCUCUGCAAGGCUGAAGAGCAGAGAUGUCGCUUAGUAAGUAUUGGCUGUUAACAACCCUCGAACCCAAGUGUGCCUUUCACAUCCCUUGCCAAACACCUGCCAAGCUCUGCAGCUCAGUUAAGUCACUCUGUUGGUACCUGCUGAAUAAUACCACUUGCACACAGCCACCCCUGGGCACCAGUCCAGGAGGCUAGCUGCACCAGGGAGAGGACCAAGGAGGGAUCAUUAGUGCCUCAAUGCCCAGAUUCCAAACAAGAAGUUCCCAAGUCUCCUUUUCCUUUUAAGGAAACAUCUGAGUGGGGCUGCGGAACAAUAAUUGCCAGCAAGCAGCAGCAAUGCUCAUUUUAGUAUGUUUAGGAGGAACUUGAAGCGCUUUAGUUUGUCAAAACAUUUGUGAUUAAUCGGCGCAAGCAACAGGCUGGUUCUUUUUAAAGAAAGGCCAGGGUCAGAGCAUAAUAAGUUCGUGCCAAUCGCUGCAAGGCAUGGUGACUAGGGAGACAUUUUGUCCACUCAUGGGAUGGUAUAAGAGGGUAGGUCAGAGGUAGGGCUGCGAGUGAACUGCAUAGCCUCCAGCAUUUCUCCGAUGAAAAUAGGGACAUCCUUUUCAGCGACGACAACAACAACUGUAUUAAUUUAUACCCCACCCAUCUGACUGGGUUGUCCCAGCCACUCUGGGUAGCUUCCAACUUAUAUAAAAACAUAAUAAAUUACUGUUUAAUCUACUGUCAAAGCUACCAAUAUAGGUUCUUGCCUCUUGUCCCUCUCUGCUUUUUCACUUUGGCAUUUUUUUAAAAAAAGGAAUUAACCUAUUUCCUUUCUUGUUUUUAAAUUUAAAAAUAUUUGUAAAGGCUAGCAAGAGAAAGGGCUGUUGUUGCAUUUCUAGGUGGCAUGGGGCUAUAGGUUGCCUUUCUGACCCAGCAGCAAACCAUGUCUGAGGGUUUGGUCCACUUGUUUGCAUUCCAGUCCUGGAAGGGCAGCUCUAGAUACUGGACUCAAAUGAGUCUCGUAAUCUCUUAACUAAAUACAGAGAUCCUUGCUUUCUCAAAAGGGAGUCUGUUUAUGGCCAUAAUGUAAAUAAUGUCUUAAGGCAAAUUUGUUUUAACUAUGUGCUGGGUUGUUGUUUUUCCAGAUUUCUUAGACCAAAGUCAUAUAAAAGAUUGCCUUUUCUAUGGAUGUCCUUUAGCUAGAGGGCAUGUUGAAGCUGGAUAUGCAGAUUCUAGAAAGUUUGGGUCCUGGCCAUGCCAGAAAUGAAAUCCGUGUAAGCCAAAGAGAUUCAGAUGUAGCAUUUUGGCUCAGCUGUUUCCAUAAGGGACAGCAAGACCUGAUGUUUAUAGAAAUGCUCCUUGAGAUCCAAAGGGCAAGUUCAUUAUGUGGAGGGUUUGGCAUGAGCUGAUCAUGGCUCCACGUCAGAGUCAAAUGAGUGUUAAUAAGAUCUCUCUCUAGUUUUCAUUGUACACAUUCCUGUCUUAAAAUGCAUCUAGGUUAUUCUUCUUCUCAAUUCUAAUUAAAGCUGAUUUGGGGAGGAAAUGGAUAGGCUCUCCUUAACCACUGUCAUUUUCUCCUAUUAAAUAUGACAAACAUAGCCUCCGGGAGCAAACUGCAUUUUUGCUGCUUCGUCAGCAUGCUAUUGUCUCAACAAACAUUUCUUUUUGCAUUUCUCCCCCUUCUCUAGGAAGAGAAAGCAGCAGAGAGGAAGAAAGAUGUGAAGAUUGUUGAAGAAAAACGAAAGGAAACCCAUGGUAGAGAUCUGAAAAGAAACAAAUCUUCUGAUCUCGGAAAAGAAGGGAAAAAAGAAGAAAAUGUCCAGAAAGCUAAUCAGAAAGGGAAGGAUGAACUGGACACUACUAAGAACACGGGGCCAGUCAAUGAAGAGAAGAAGGAGGCAAAGAAGUUACCCAAAGACAAAUACAAAGCCAUCUCAGUGGACAAUAAUGAAAUUAAAGGAAGAUGGGAAGAAAAGGGCCUGGCAGCCAAGAUCAAAGCAGUUGAGGAAAAAAGGAAAGAAGAAAAGGCAACAGGGCUGAAGAGGGGAACUGAAAAGGACAAAAAUACGGGGGAUAAAAAAGAACCCGAAAAAACAGGAGCAAAGGGCUCAGCUUUAAAGUCAGGCUUAGACAGAAAGGCAGAAGACAAAAAGGAACCUGAAAAAAAUGGAGAAAAAGGUUCUGCUUUAAAGUCAGGCUUAGACAGAAAGGGAGACGAUAAAAAGGAAUCUGAAAAAACAGGAGAAAAAGGUUCCGCUUUAAAGUCAGGCUUAGACAGGCGGAGAGAAGACAAAAAGGAAUCAGAGAGAAAUCGAGAGAAAAGUCCAGCUUUAAAGCAAGGAUCAAAGGUUGGCAGUGAGGCAAAAUCCCCAACAGAAAGCAAAGGAACCUCUGAGGGGAAAACCUCAGUGUCAGGGCAAGAGAAAGGGACAACAGAGGCUCCUGAGAGCAGCCCCUCUAAACUGGCAGACGGCUCUUCCAGCCAGGGCACAGAAGAGGAAGCCACCAGCAUCUUUGAUGAGCCCUUGGAGAAAGUGAAGAAUAACGACCCAGAGAUGAUAGAGAUCAAUGUCAAUAACUCUGACUGCAUCAACAACGAGAUCCUGGUGCGUUUUGCCGAGGCCUUGGAAUUCAACACCGUCGCCAAGGUCUUUGCCCUGGCCAACACACGGGCAGAUGACCAUGUUGCUUUUGCCAUUGCCAUCAUGCUGAAGGCCAACAAGACGCUGACCAGCAUCAACCUGGAUUCCAAUCACAUCACGGGCAAAGGGAUCCUGGCCAUCUUCCGUGCUCUGCUGCAGAACAACACUCUGACCGAGCUCCGCUUUCACAACCAGAGGCAUAUCUGCGGAGGGAAGACGGAGAUGGAGAUAGCCACACUGCUGAAGGAAAACACCACCCUCCUGAAGCUGGGCUACCACUUUGAGCUGGCAGGGCCCCGGAUGACCGUGACCAACCUGCUGAGCCGCAACAUGGACAAGCAGCGGCAGAAGCGCCUGCAGGAGCAGAAGCAGGCUCAGGGAAAAGGGGAGAAGAAGGACUUCCUGGAGGUGCCAAAGGCAGGAGGCCUGCCAGCUGCUUCUUCACCUAAGGCCUCUCCGAAGCCAUCCCCCAAAACGUCCCCUAAAGUUUCCCCUAAGAAAGCUGGAGCCCCAGAAGCACCACCUCCACCUCCUCUGGCUCCUCCUCUGGCUCCUCUCCUGGCUCCUCCCCUGAUCAAUGAAAACCUACGGUUGUCACUCUCUCCAGCAUCUCAGAGGAAGAUGGUAGAGAAAGCUCUUCCUCCACAAGAGAAGAACUCCAGAGACCAGCUUCUGGCAGCCAUUCGCUCCACCAAUGUCAAACAGCUGAAGAAGGCAAGUAAAGGGCAAAUGUGGAAAGCAUCCUGGGGUGAAGUCCUUCCUGGGUUCAUUGAAGCUACACUCUUAAUAAUGCCAUCUAUCUAGGAUUAGUGCUACAUACACACACUCCCCCUAGCCCAUCCCAAUCUCCUGUGUCUGAUAAAAGGCAUAUUUUCCAUCACUUGCAUUCUAAAGAAGUACGGAGUGUUGCUGAGGAACUGCCCAAGGAGUACCAAGCCCAGAUUGGCUCAUUACAGUUAAAUAACAUGUGCAUUUAUUUAUUAAUGGUAUUUGUAGGCCACCUUGCUCUCAAAGCAGCUCACAACUUAUUAUUUUCUUCUGGAAGCUGUCCAGAGUGGCUGGCAAAACCUAGCCAGAUGGGCGGGGUAUAAAUAAUAAUAAUAAUAAUAAUAAUAAUAAUAAUAAUUAAAGAGAAAGCCAUUGAAAACUCAAUAACAAUUGAACAAGCACAACUGUUGUGCUAUAUAAAAAUGCUUCUCACAGAGACGAAAAAACACCUUAAAGCUAAAACAGCUUAAAAGGCCUGGGAAAAUUAAAAGGUACCAAAAUGGCAACAAAAUAAAAGGAAAAUGAGCUUCUCUGGGGUCUUUGCAAGGAUGAUAGCAGGAUUAUCAGGUUCACACUGGGAGCUGAUUUCAUGGAAUAAUUUAAAGGAAGGAAGAGGGAAAGAGGUGAGAACUGGAAACAAACAUGAUCCCCUUUUGAUACAUGAAACGUUUCUUGCAUUGAUGUAAAAUCCACAAAAUAUGUACACACAUAUGACAAUUUUGUGACAUCUAUGCAUCUGCUCAGCUUUCCAGUAUGUGAACUCAGGGCUAAAUAGAUACUUUCAUACUUCACCAUUGUUGCACUACACACUUCAUACAUUGCUUCCUAGUUCAGACGACACGCCAAACCAUGGUAAAGGAAGCUUAAUUAUACUUUGCCAUGUUUGAACACCAUUGUUUGCAAUUGGCAAAAGAAACAGAAUCAUAAAUUACUGAAUUGACAAACUAGACUUUGUGCAAACAAGGGUUGAAUUGACAAGCUAUAGUUACCAUGGUAGUUCUGUCUUCAGAGACUGCUGUGCAGUUGAGAUAAGAGUGACAUUGUGGAUCUUAGGUGCUUAGAGAAUGGAAAAUGAAAGCAGACAAAUACUUCUUAACCAUGGUUUGCUGUACAUUUGGAAGCUCAGGCCGUGGUUUGGGAUGUUCAGAUCAGAUCUGGUAUGAUGCCUGAACUGAGUCAUUGUACAAAAUACAGUGGUGCCUCGCAAGACGAAAUUAAUUCGUUCCGCGAGUUUUUUCGUCUAGCGAAUUUUUCGUCUUGCGAAUCACGAAUUCCCAUAGGAAUGCAUUGAAAAUCAAUUAAUGCGUUCCUAUGGCCAAAAAAAGUCCAAACAAAGCCAAAUUUGGUACAACAACCUCCCCAGCUGUUGCAAACCCCUCCCCAACUGUUGCAAACCCCUCCCCAACUGUUCCCCCAGUCACCCAGCACACAGAAAUUCAAAUCCAGAAAUUUUUUAAAAAAACAGCAGAGUGGCCCAGUGGUCACAGAAAAUCAUAAAAAUGCAGAAAAAAACACACAAGCUUCCAGAUUCCUGCAAACCCCUCCCCAACUGUUCCCCCAGCCACCCAGCACACAGAAAUUCAAAUCCAGAAUUUUUUUAAAAAAACAGCAGAGUGGCCCAGUGGUCACAGAAAAUCAUAAAAAAAUGCAGAAAAAAGACACACAAGCUUCCAUAUUCUUGCAAACCCCUCCCCAACUGUUCCCCCAGCCAUCCAGCACACAGAAAUUCAAAUCCAGAAUUUUUUUUUAAAAAACAGCCGAGUGGCCCAAUGGUCACAGAAAAUCAUAAAAAUGCAGAAAAAAGACACACAAGCUUCCAGAUUCUUGCAAACCCCUCCCCAACACCAAGUCCUUGAAUUCCAAACACCCCAACCCAAAAUCCAAAACCCCCCAAAAAAGUUUUAAAAGCUUAACUUGGCUGCAAAAGAAGUUUUGGAAAAGCUUCAAAAAUCACCAAAGUCUUUAAAAACCUCAAAAAAGGCUACUAUGUACACUGCGUUCUAUGAGUUGCUCCUUGAACUCAAGUCGCAACUGUAUUAACGGUGUUAAGAAAAAGGAAACAAACUUGCAAGACGUUUUCGUCUUGCGAAGCAAGCCCAUAGGGAAAUUCGUCUUGCGAAGCAGCUCAAAAACGGAAAACCCUUUCGUCUAGCGAGUUUUCCGUCUUGCGAGGCAUUCGUCUUGCGGGGCACCACUGUAUAUAAACUAAAAUAUGAGGAACCACAUGUAUCUACUUUGCCAGUCUUAUGCAUGUUGUGAUGCUCAUGCACCAAUAGGCUUCUUAAAACAUUUCCAGGACAUAUUUAAUCCUUAAAACCCUAACUGAUCACGAACCUGGGUUCCUAAAUGACCACCUGCACUCACAUGGACUUCCUGAUUAUUAAGAUAAUCCUUGAAAAUCAGAGGUGCAACCCUCACAGUGCCCCACCAAACAGGGAUAUGAACUAUCAGGUGGUGGCUCCCUUUGUUUUGAAUGCUUUCCUGGUGAAUAUUACCUUGAACCAAGUUUCAUGUUCUUUGUAUGGGUAAAUCAAUUAUUUACCUAGGCCUUGUGGAGGUUUUAUUAUAAUAUUCUAAAACAGUUUAAGAAUGUUUUAGACCAUCAUGCCCUGUUAACACUAUUUUUUUCUGCUUUGAUGCUUUAUAUACUUUCAAAAAAUACUGCAUUGGUUUAGUUAUGCUCUGGGAGUUUUAACUAAAGAGCAGCUUAUAAUAUCUCUGACCACUAACCAACCAAAUUAAUAAUAAAAAUAAUAAUAAUAAUAAUAAUAAUAAUGUAUUAUUUCUACCCUGCCCAUCUGGCUGGGUUUCCCCAGCUACUCUGGGCGUCUUCCAACAGAAGGUUAAAAAUACAUUAAAACAUCAGUCAUUAAAAACUUCCCUAAACAGGGCUGCCUUCAGAUGUCUUCUAAAUGUCAUAUAGUUGUUUAUUUCUUUGACAUCUGAUGGGAGGGCGUUCCACAGGGCGGGCACAACUACUGAGAAGGCCCUCUGCCUGGUUCCCUGUAACCUGGCUUCUCGCAGUGAGGGAACCACAAGAAGGCCCUCAGUGCUGGACCUCAGUGUCCAGGCUGAACAAUGGGGGUGGAGACGCUCCUUCAGGUAUACUGGACCGAGGCUGUUUAGGGCUUUAAAGGUCAGCACCAACACUUUCAAUUGUGCUCAGAAACAUACUGGGAGCAUAUCCAUGGCAUAUACCUCAGAGACUGUGUUCUUACGUAUAUGUUGUAAAUGCUUGUAGAUCCAUGCAGGAAAAAACAGAGACAGAAAAGUAAAAUGAAUGGCCCUUCAUAUGUGAAGCAAGGUUCGCAUAGAUGCAAUUAACAGGCAUAUUUUUGUAAUGUAAAUAGCAGAUGUGGUUCACAUGGGGAGCAGUACUAGGAUUGCAGGUCCGGAUGAAAAUUGCUCCCCCUUCCUGCAAGCUGCUAUUUGCAUCACCAAUAGCUUCCUUUGGUUUUAGAUCUUGCAUUAACAAGCACACCUUUUAUCUUGGCAGGUGGAGGUUCCCAAGAUACUGCAAUAGGGAGCAGAAUCCAGAUUUCCCUGGAAGGAUGAGAUUGCCAAGGCUGAAUCACUAUGUUUGUCUCUCAGGUGACUGUUUACACGAGAAGGACUCAGCAGGAGCAGGAAGCUGCCUUGCUCCAGUCCCAAAUGAGCAGUGUUCUCUACGGGGUUGAACUGAAUUGGAUGGAAGGACUGAAUGAGCUGCCAAGGAGACGUUGUGUCAGGAAGAAGCAAUAUUUAUUUUUAGAGCUUUUCAACCACGAAACUUUUUUUCCCCAUGAGAGGAGAGGUCUGCAGAUGCUCAGAGUGUUAUGUAGCUGGGUUAAUUGUCCAAUUCCCCCCCCCUUUCAGAGUUUUGAAAGAAAAGUGGGAAGUAUUGAAGAAGCCUAUAUUUGCAGCAUCCCUGAUUAUCUUAAGACAGCACGGCAAUCACUUGCCACUAGAAAUAUAUACAAGAGUAAAGUCACACUGGAGUAGCAGCACAGAAGAAAAUUACCAAGCUCAUCUUCAGCACAAAAUGACUCCAAAAUUGUGCGUGUGUGUGCGCACACACAAACCAGCAGCAUGUUCUUGCCAUUUGCUGCUAAAUCUAACUGGUAGCACCAAUGUCACUCUACCUGGAAUAUUAUGAAGCAGAAGUUUGGAGGAGAAAUCACUGGGCCAAAUCUAAUUUCCUAAUGUCUCUGUGAUCUCAAGGAUUCCAUUUCUCUGAUAGAUGAUUGUGCAAAGGCUGGCUUUGUUCCCUGAAGAAGCAUGAAAAGCAUUGCAUGUUUCUGAGUUUUGUAUGUGUGUGUGUAUGUAAAUGGCUUCUCACCGUACUGCAAUCAAACCUUUAAGCACACGCGUGGGCAAUGGCUCUGAAAGGAUUACGGAUUGUGCUGCCAUGAUGGGGGGAGGGGGGGAGCUACAUGGUGCUUGAACCUCUGACAUAAGCAGCAUCUUCCAAAUUACUAUUGUGAUGCCUAAUCUUAAGAGGCCUGAUAGGAGGGAAGGAGCACAUUAUGGUUGGCCAUGUAAUGGAGGUGAUGGCAAACGCAAGCAGUGGCUGUUAUGACACAACAGAAGGGGGGGGCUUGAAAGCUUGCAUUGGGAAACCUUCAUUCAGAAGCGUUCAUUCAGAAUCUCCAGUGCUCAGGGCACACAAGUUCUCAUUCAUAUAUUUCUGGCACUUGGGCAGCAGCUGUGUCAUGAUAGUCAAGAUCAGGCUUCCUCAACCUCAGCCCUCCAGAUGUUUUUGGCCUACAACUUCCAUGAUCCCUAGCUAGUAGGACCAGGGGUCAGGGAUGAUGGGAAUUGUAGUCUCAAAACAUCUGGAGGGCCGAGGUUGAGGAAGCCUGGUCAAGAUGACAGUAACCUAGCAGAGAGUACAGAACUCCUGCUUCACUCCUUUGCUACAGAAACAGCAUAAGACUUGUUUUUGGGACCAGAAGGUUUCUGUGCCAAUUCAGAACUUUUCAAAAUAGUUCAACAUCUGCUCAUUUGAAGUGAAAGAGGCACUCCCAAGGGAGUAGCAUUUGUGGCCUGUUGACCAGUGUCUCCUGAACUAUGGUCAACAAGCCAUGGCAUGUGGGCUGUGAAGAUACUAUGUCUUCCAACCAACCUAUGUGUCAGAUUCAGCUUCCGUGUCUCUUCUCUUUGCAGGCAAGCGGAGCCCAGCUCAUACAUUAACUUUGCAGCAUGGUGGCUGCCCAAUGCUCUCCUGAGGUUGCUUCCCAUUAUGCACUGGUAACAUGUUGGUGUUCUGCAUCUCCACAGAUAGCCUGGAUUGCAGGAGUAUUUCCCAUGCCAGCAACAGCAGUUCCAGUGGCGGGGCACUGCCAAGGGAGGUGCCCAUGUACAUAAUUCAGACUCCCUGGGUAGUGUGCUGCUGAUAGGCAGCUGAUAGGCAUUUGGGUCAACCACAUGGAAGCACUUUUGAAGUAGCAAAUGUGCCACAAAGAGAAUGUAUGGAGGGGGCCUGCAAGAAGAAGAGUAACCAAUGCCAUCAUCUUUCUUCCUUACUCCUGCAUGGAGUGAGUGAUGGAUAAUAGAGCAGCUGUAGCUGUAUACCAGUUCAGCUACAAGGAUGUUGCCCAGUUCAGUUCCCUGCAGCUUAACUAGUUUGUGGCUCAGCCUGUACAUAAAGAAAGAUUAUCUAUGCAUUUGUGUGGCUGUAAGAGUUUAAUAUAUAGACAGAUGGAUAUAUAUCUUAAUAGAUGUACUCUCUAAGGAGCAGAGUUUUAUUUCUCACACAAACUGCCAAAGCUUGUCUGCACCGAGAUGGUGCCAAGUGAUGCAGGAGCAAGUGACUGGGAAGUGAUUCGCUUACCGGUCUGUUUAAAUCAGUUUCCAGAUCAGGAAACUCAUUCAUGGUUCCUCUGCGGUAGGAGAGAAACCAGCAAGAUUUCUCACCCAGGAACAGGUAGUAUAGAACGCUCUCUCCCCCAAGCUGCACAUGUGUUCAUCCUUCCAUGAAGGACAAGUGGAACUCCUGUUAAUGUGUCUAUGGAGAUCCUCGCAACUCAAAAAGGCUUUCCCUGCCUCUUCUCUUAUCCAGCUGAGCAUGCAAACUCUGCAGUUAAGGGGUCCUAAUAAGUGAGUGUAAAAUACAGGAGGGGGUUUAUGUAGCACUUGAAAGAGAACUGUUCUUUGUGGGUUUUAGUUUUUUUAAAUCAGUCUUUGGAGAGGGAAUCUGUGCUUGCUUACUGAAAAAGAAAGUAGUAUUGGAUUUAGAUCUGUAGCACGUUUUGGACAAAUGUUGGAGAAGGAGAGAGAAAUAACAAGAGACAAAUCGCUUGAGCAGGUGAUCUCGGGUGCAGAAGCUGCUGCAGUUUUCAGUUCCAACUCAUGAAUGUAAAUCUUAUUUGAAAUAUGUACAAAAUCACCCACACUUUCAUUAAUAAAGCUCACAAAAUGCUGCUGAUGGCGAGUAGUGGAAAAUUCUGCGGCUGUGGGCAGUGAAUACCUUUAGACUUAUGCAAGUACGUGCAGAUUUGGACAGCUCUGUAGGUGUGUCAACUGGCAUCUGGCAUCAGAAUCAUGUUUCAAACACCCCAUGAACUCAUUUGUUACUGAUACCCACUUGACACAUGGGCAACUGAGGUUAAGAAGCAAUGGUUUUCUUGCAAUUGUAGUCGGUCUGAUCACAGAGUCCAGAAUUUUCGUUUCAGGUCAGGCUCAAAAUAGGUGAUAAAAUAAGUGAAGAAUUGGUUCCUUUUCUCUGUUCUUUUUAAAAACUUGCCCGAGCAUGUCAGGAACUUGCAGAAAUCCACAGCUGGGAUGGGACGUUUCUCUUUGUGUACAAACACAAGAAGCCCACCCUGCAGCCUGAGUGUGUUGGGCACUGGGCCAGAAAGGAGCUUCUCCCUCCUGUUGCUGCCAAUUCAGAGGGUUGCCUGCCAGCUCUGUGCAGAAGUCAAUCACUGCUGACGAGGGUCUGGCUGACUCCAAAGGCAGCUGAACUGCUCCUCAAGAGUCCAGAGAAAUGUCUAUAUUUGGGCAUUUUGCAUAGACUAGCCCAAGCAAAACUUCAUUCCUUUGCUCUUCCUAAUAGUGGGAAGCCUUCCAACUGCCCAGAGCGGCCAAGAAGAGGAGAGAAAACAAGGCUUAGUUCACAAGGACCUCUUCCUUGGUUACCAAGCUACACUCACAGCAGCACUGCGGUCCUCCCUCAUCUGGUGCUUCUUCCACCUGUGGUUCUCCUGUCAUUGCCACCAGGUUCUUUGCCAUCAGCACACAGCUGUCCUCAGUCAUAAGAGCACCCGGCAGGCUCUGCUAUCCUAUCACAGAUGCCCCUUGACUUCUGUAAGUCAGUGCCACAUUGCAAACAGUCCCACAGGUGGCAGAUGAAAAUAGAAAAGAAGGGCAAGUGAUGUGAAAGCAAAGGAGGAGAUUUACUUUCAUGCUAUUGGGUUGCAUGACCCGCCUAAAACGACCGGCUGAUGAAUUCACAAAGACUUCAUUUCCCACCCACCUAGAAAGCAAUCCCCCCCCCUGCAAAUCCUCAGUAUGGGUCUGAAUUUCAUGGUGUCACACAAAUUCUCCCCUGUUUCUCCCACACUGCUACAGUGAUAUCCAAGACCAAAAUGUUGUCUGGUAUUGUCCCAGCCAAUGAGGUGAAGUUGGAGAAAAUAUUAGAAACAGAUUCAGUGCACACCACCAGCCAUAUACUGAGGUAUUUCAAUAAACAUAAAGUGGAAGACUGAGCACUCAGUGGCAUGAGGAAUUUGCAAGUAAGCCAGGCUUAAACACUCAUAUGUGGUGUUCCUAUUUGCAGACCCAGACUUCAUUUUUUCAUAUAGUUUCGUAAAUGAAAUUGCUUAUAUUUCUAUGAUAUCAGUGAGUUUACAGUGUUUUGCACACAAAACAACCAUGAAAAAUUGUGGCUAAUGUUGAGAAAGGUAGUGGAAGAAAACAGGGCUUCCUAACUGAUUAUUUGUGGGGCGGACUUUUCGGUCUGUUCAAGCCAAAUAACUUGUGCCACAGCAUUUGUGUCUGCAAUCUGCACAGAACUCGGGAACUUAAUAAAUGAAGAUGUUUACACU